AUGUUUGACGUUGAUGCGCCUCAAGUACUUGCGUUUUCAAAGGUAAAGGAAGUACACUUUGAUCUACGGCAAUUCUGGGAGGUAGAAGAAUGCAAGCUUCCUGAAAACAUUGGGACGCAUGUCUGCGAAAUUUUAUUUGCUGAGACGACGUACACAAAUCCUGAUAAUUAUUUUGUUGUGAAGCUUCCCAUCAAAGAGGAUCCUAAAGUUCUUGGGAAUUCUAAACGUUUAGCGUUGAAGCGCCUGUUUGCGAUGGAGAAAAAACUAAAUAACAAUGAUAAACUAAAAACCAUGUAUACAGAAUCCAUGAGAGAAUACCAAGCAUUGGGACAUAUGAGUGAAGUGUCAUACGAAAAUGAGCAUGCCCCAUCAUACUAUAUACCUCACCUAGGAGUGUUAAGAGAGAACAGCUUGACCACGAAACUACGGGUAGUAUUCGACGCGUCAGCAAAGAGCAGUUCAGGAAAAAGUUUGAAUGAUAUAUUACACGUUGGACCUACAAUUCAAGACACGCUUUUUGAUAUUAUUUUAAGAUUCAGAGAAUAUCCGUUUGUAAUAACAGCAGACAUAACGAAAAUGUAUAGAAUGAUAUUAAUCGCACCUGAAGAUAGAAGCUUGCAAAGAAUAUUAUGGAGAGAAAAUCCUAACGAUUCAGUUAAGGUUUUUGAGUUGAACACUGUAACCUACGGUACAGGUCCUGCUCCUUUCCUCGCUAUCAGGGCAUUGCAAGAAUCAGCAAAUAUUCAAGAAGAGAACUUGCCCAUAGGAGCUUAUCAUGUCAAAAAAUCGUUUUAUGUUGACGAUUUUUUGGGGGGAGCAGAUACGGUAGAAGAAGCAAGACAAGUUAAGAAAAUAGUUGAAGCAGUCACAUCCUCAAAUAAUUUCCUUUUAAGAAAAUGGGCGUCUAAUGACUCCACAAUUCUGAAGACAGGAGCUCAGCAAACCGAGCCUUUAUAUUUCAACGACAACAGAGAUAUUAAAGUGCUUGGAAUAGAGUGGCAUCCGGCAACAGACAUUUUCUGUUUCUCAGCAAGACACAAAGCAACUAGUGUGGUCACUAAGCUAAUAUUAUUAUCUGAAAUCUCCGAAUUAUUCGAUCCACUAGGAAUAGUCGGCCCAAUACUGGUAAGAGCGAAAAUGCUGAUUCAAGAUUUAUGGAAAGUAACACUAACUUGGGAUGAACCUGUACCUGAUGGUAUUAAAAAGAAAUUGAUGGAACUAGCAGACGAUCUAGCGAUGUUAACAGAAUUUUCAGUUCCAAGACAUGUGCAAAUCUCCAGGAGAACGAAAAAAUUAGUAUUUCAUGGAUUUGGUGAUGCGUCCAAAGGAGCAUAUGGAGCAUGCAUUUAUGUUGUAAGUUACAACGCUGAUUCGCCAACAUCUAUAUUACUCUGUUCAAAAUCACGAGUUGCCCCUUUGAAGUUGCUGACGAUACCUCGAUUAGAGCUAUUAGCAGCACUUUUAUUGGCAAGAUUAAUGAAAAGAAUGUUGUCGGCUGUAAACAAUCAUCCGCAUGAAAUUUUCUUAUGGUCAGAUUCUAUGGAUGUUCUGUAUUGGUUGCAAAAACCGCCAGACACCUGGCAGACGUUCGUGGCCAAUCGUGUCUCAGAAAUCGAAGCCUUUACAUCUGAAGUACAUGCAUCCUGGAAAUAUGUUCCAACCAAAGAAAAUCCAGCUGAUCUAAUAUCAAGAGGUGUUUCUUCAGCGAUGCUUAAAAAGUCUAAUCUAUGGAAAUCAGGCCCACACUGGCUUACGAGUGAUUCAAGGUUUUGGCCUCCGCAGUCCAUAAAUCCUCCAUCAAAUGGUCAAAGCGAAGAGAAAGUUGUACGAGUCUUUCUUGGAAUUCAGUCAUUUUUCUCAAGUUUAAAUGUCUUGCUGGAUAGAGUCUCUUCACUGUCAAAGCUGUUGCGAAUAGUGGCAUAUGUUUUAAGAUUUGUCAAUAAUGUUGGUCGAAAAAAUACAAAAAAUACAUCUCAGAUAUUAUUACCAGAGGAAUUGGAUACCUAA